GUUUUCGUUAUUGUGGGAAACGUUUUUGAAUUUUUAUAUUUACAAUUUCUGUUCAAAAACAACUACAUAAAUUAACGGGCUUCGUAAAUAAAAUUACAAUUUCUUAUGUUACAUGAAACGAAAAACAAAUCUAUUUUGUUUAUGACAGUCGUUUAUUAUAGUAGAAAUCUGUUUUCUAUUAAAAGGCCUUUAUAAUCGCAUGACAAGUGCACUGCAGCAUUUCACACAAAAACCUUAGAAAUAAUGUUCAUUUCACUCCAUGUCCGCAAAUUCAUCUACAGUUCGCAAGAAGUAACAGUACUGUGUGGCCUAUUCUAACUUAAGCGGAUUUCUUUGUAUACUGAUACUGAUGUGGAAAAUGUUUGAAGACACGAUCUACUGUAGUGAGUGCACCAACUUUCUAGAACCGCCACCUAAAUUCGAGAUUCCUGCUCCUCCGCGGCCGCCAUACAUAGGAACUCCGAGCAACUGCAAAGAAAAAGUGAUGUCACUGAAGAUACAGAAAGCAUGGAACCAUGAUAAGUGCGAAGCAAUACCGAUCUUCGAUACCAGUUUCUACAAGAGGCAAUCGCUUCAAACAUCUGCUGUAAUUGCAGUUUUCUGCCUGCUUUUUAUCCUAGUGGCUCUUAUAUUAUCACUAUUUGUAUGCAAAAAUAAGCGAAAGGUCCAAAAUGUGCUUCCGUGCAAGGAACUCAUAGGCAUUCCACACAUAAAUGGUCCAUUGCCGAUUGUAGGAGUCCAUUCAGUAACACACGAAGUUCCGAAUAUGCAUUCGGACCACCAGCGUCUGUUAGUUAUGCUACAUCAUCACAAGGUUGAGGUUAUACAUCCAAAAGGCGUCCACUAUCCAAGUAGUUACACAAUGACGCGCACUCCACCUCUCUUAGUAUCGUCUUCCCCUGGUCCAGAUCCUUACCGUUUCAUUGACAACAUCUAUGAAGAACUUGGACCAUGCCAUGGCUCAGACGACGAGUCCGUCUCUUCACAUUCCGACGAUAUCUUCGCCGGGGAUGAUUUCUCGUUAUCUGGUGAAUAAUCUGUUCAUAAAUCAUCCACGUUGCCAUUUAUUGAAGUGUAUGCAUCUAACUCGCCCAACUGUAAUAGUACCUAUUACAAAAAUUGUACGGAGCACAGCAGUAUAUUGCCAUCGCCAUCUUCUACGUACUCGCAAAUCUAUAAUCAGAAUACUACAAACCAAUUAAAUUCAGGUAUCUCCAAUUCUAGUUCGAAUGGCAAUGAUGCCGGUACCUUUAUAAACAUAUUACACCACGCAACAGGGCGGAAUAAAUUUAAUUUAACAACAAAGAAUCGCUCAAAGCCGAAAUGUGAAAAUAUUUUUAGCCUAGACUAUAUAUCAAAAACCACCAGCAAAUUUCUGAGGAACUCUUAGCAAUGGUGCAACAACCCACUACCCUUGGACCGACGACAGCCUUGCGAUGUUAUUGAACCAACAUGCGUUUACACGCAUCAUAUAUCUCACGGAAAUUAUAACAAACCUCCUGCAACAGCAGCGCUUAGACUCCACUAUAGUACUUUUUUAAUGCAAAUCUAUCUAAACGAUAAUCAUAUGCAUGCAUAUGAACAUACUCAAUAUUCACACACAUAUCAGCAUCCAACACAGCUUUACACAGGCGAUUCAAAUAACGGUUCCGAUUCUGGAUAUAGUUACAAUACACCCACAUUUUCUAUUGGAAGAUACGAUUACGACGUAUCCAACGUUGCAAUAGCAGAGAUGUCCCACGCGACAACCGAACCACUCAAGGCAUCCCAAAAGUCAGCAGUAGAACUGAACUUUAAAAGUUAGAAGCGGCGUAGAGCGAAUACAGAAGGACUAUCGGAAAUACAAAGCUUUCAUACUACAUGUAAUGAUUUCGAAGCCACUAGUCGAAAAAACAACAAUGCUAGCUCUACAGCUACUUCGAUGCUGGAUAACUCAUUAACAUCCAAUGCUGACAUAGAUACUUCUGUCUUCCCAACGACAUCAACAAUCUGUCCUAAUAAUAACUCUACAAUGUUAACGCUAGCUGCAGCAAUAACGUGAUAAUAAGCCGAUCAGAUCCAUCAGCUUCCCCUAAAAAUGGAAGCGAAUGGGAAUAUGUGCAUAUGGAUUCGAGUUAAUCAUUGAACGCCUUUGCAAAAUGGCGCUCUCCAAUCAUCAAU